AGAAACAGAGAUAGAGAGCUAGAGAACUGUGAAAGAGACACCAAUCAGAGAAAGAACUCAAUUUACUCUGAGCACAAACCUUCCCGCUCCAAGGCUGCUCUGCUGUUGAGGUGGUUCAGUAUGCUCCGACCAAAGGAUCUGUGCCAGGGAUCUGGCACCAAGACCUUCCUGGAUGCCAUGCACAGUGGCAAGCUGCACCUGGCCCGCUUCGUGCUGGACGCUCUGGACGGCCGCAUCAUCAACUCCAAGACAGAGAGCGGCCGCACACCGCUAAUGUUCGCUGCCAGCUUGCAGGAGUCCGCCGGCAGGUCAAAGUUCAUCCAGAUGCUGCUGGAGAAAGGGGCAGAUGUGAACGCGCGUGACGAGCAAGGGCGCACUGCCCUCAGCCUCGCCUGUGAGCUUGGACACCUGGAUGUGGUCAAGCUGCUGGUCCAGUUCAACGCUGACCCUGAGAUCAUGGACACCUGGGGGAACAGCGCACUGAUGUAUGCCGCCUUUGCCGGGCACAACCAGGUGCUUGAGUUUCUGGUCCGGGCUUUCAAGAGGCUGGGGCUGCAGCUGGACCACACAAACCGGGCUGGACAUUCUGCUAUACAGGUGGCCGACUACUUUGGACACAGUCAGUGUGUCCAGGCUCUGAAUGGUCCUGGAAAGAAAGAGGUGGGGUUGAGUUUGGGGAACUCUUGGAAAGACCAAGAUGGAGAGUCACAACAUCCAAACAAACUCCCUAAACAGAUCCUUGAAAGGUUCUCCAAGCCGUUUCACAGUAAGAAUGAGGAAUCACUGCCAGCUCUGUUCCAGAGACAGGUAUGUGUCGGGGACACCCGAUUCAAGCGCCAGCCCCCUUCCCCUGAGAGAAUGACUAAUGGACAGUGCCCCUCCAAAAACAAUUUUGGGGAAGAAGAUGAAAACACUUUAUUUAAUACCAAACAGAUCCAGAACUCUAUGCUGAGGGAUACCAGAGUCAGGAAAACCAUAGACUUCAGUCCAGAGAAAGGCACAAGACAUGACAUAGGGGGCAGGCAGGAGGUGAACGGACACGUUCCCCUCUGGGGCAAAGCAAAGUCAUUUAACCUAGAGCUCCUAACUGGCAGAAAACAGUCCUAUCAGGGUGAUGUCCAGGAUUUGCGCCAUUCCGCCAGGCAAUUCAAGAGAGCCUCACUGCAGGACGAAAAAACUUUGAUGAAGAUCGACUACCUUGAAAAGAUACAUAGAACUCGGCAGUUGGCGAAUAAUAAGGACAAUCCUAUCAAACUUGCGCCACUUUCAAACGGCACCAGUCACUUUCAGGAGGAAAACAGCAGUGACGACGAGUCAAAAACCGUCGGGGGCAAAGGCGGGUGUUUUUUGGUGAGAAGAGACGCACUCAAACGUGGUAGCAUUCCACAGGUCGCGCGACAGAACAAGCUUCUCCUCCACCGAGAAGAAAUCCAGCCGGAAAAAAUUACAGUCCGUCCACCCGGCUACCCCGGUCUGGGGACCAGGUUACUGAGGCGCUUCACUGCCCCAGAAUUCAUGAAAUUCGUCAGAGACUGUCCUUUGGGAAAUGGCAAAGGGAAGAUUGCCCGGUCGGAGACCUUUCCACUGACACACACGCACCAGAGAGUCAGCAGUCAGCCGAGCGUUGACAGCAUCAGUGGCGUGAGGUGUGAAUUUGAGGGCAGCCCUCGUUGUAUGUCUAAUAAUAAUGCGAAUUAAUCUGUCACGUUAGCAAUGCGAGUGCUUUCAGUAGGCUACAAUACAUGCAAUAUCGUGAUUAUGAAUGAAUAACUUUUUUGUAGAAUGAUGUCUUUUGCUUUGAUAAUUUACAUUGAAUUGAGUCGUUGAAGAAUGAUCCAAUGCCAGCUUAAUGCGCUCCAAUGACUAUUCUUUCGUACAGGAUGAAUAUGUAUAGGUGUGCCUAUGUAUAGUGCAAUACAUAUCAUGUGAUUAUAUGCAUACUGCAGUUUGCAAUGUGUUUGGCUGUGCUUUGGUCGAUCAAGA